AUGAAGAAGAGGCGAUGGCUGGAGCGCGAUGGCGAUGGCGAUGGCGAUGGCGCCACCGGGCAGUCGUCUGAGGAUUGCAUGGUGCUGGUCGCGGAUCCAGAGGUGAGAAUGCGCUCCAUCGCGAUCUCUGGAAUGAUUGCCGGGGCGCGCGGUGCUCAGCUGGGGCCUGUGAGGGAGGCAAUGCAACGGAGGCUGUGGGAGGAGCAGGAAAUAUCGGUGGUCCAGCAGAUUGUCACCGCUCUCUCGUCGAUCUUCGCGGAUGAAACGACCACGUCGUGCUUACAGAGGUACUAUCUCUUAGAUGGCUGCCCCGAGCCGAUCAAGAUUCGCAUCCUCGCGUCCCUCGUUCGGAUUUGCAAGACGAGCAACGAGCAUUCGGAGGUGGUGGCGGCACUCCAGCCGGCCUUGUUGCAAGAUCUUUACGGGAAGAAUCCGGUGCUUAGAAUGUGGGGCUUGAAGUUCGCGACGAAGUUCUUUGAGCAGCAACGAAACAAGAGCUGGAUCAUCGCUGCGCUGCACAAGAGAUUUUUUGAUACUCAUGCUUUCGUGAGGAAAGCUGCCUUGGAUGCUGUCAUCUCCCUCGACGCGGUGGGAUUUAGCUUCCUCGAUGGUUUGAAUGCUAUUGCGCUCCGGCUCUUGGAGGAUCACGUCUCGGAGUCCGUUCGACUGUCCGCCAUGGAGCUUCUCCGGCUAUGGGUGAUGGAAGUUCAAGCUGGAGAAAUCACGGCAUCGCAACAACGCGAGAUAAACUAUACUUAUCUAGAGAUUUGCACCAUGCUCACAGACCCGUGCACGCGAGUAAGGAAAGAAGCUUGCCGUGUGCUUGGCACUAUGACAUCAGUAAGCCAGAAAAUUAAGUUGCAUUCGGUGAACAAGAAGUCAGUGCUAGUCACCAGUGGUGAUCCUUUGAUCUCGUGCAACAUUAAUGGUAAAUCGCCACGGACGGCAAUUGUGGCGGGUGCUUUUGUUUCUGCUGUCGAGGAUGAGUUCCCAGAGGUGAGAUCUGCUGCUGUGCAAGCUCUUUCCAGCUUGAGUCUGGGUUCUAAAGAAGUCGCAAAUGCCGGUGUACUUGGGCUUUUCCUGGACAUGUUGAACGACCAAGAUCCCGCCGUUCGCAGGGCUUCGAUUCAAGCGCUAUAUGACCUUGCUGGCUGUGGCGUUUUCUGCGUGGAAGACAAACAUCUGCGUGUGAUUACUGCUACGCUGGAAGACCAAAACAACGAGCUCCGACAUGCGGGUCUAAAACUUUUGUCUUCCUUGAAGCUCCCGACGCUUGUCAUGUUCGAGUCUGCAGUUCAAACUUUGAUGAAGUGCUUAGAUCGUCAUCCGCAGGAUAGGAAGAACGUCUAUGAGGCGCUAUUAUGCCUGGGGAAAGGACACGGCUCUCAUGUAGAGGCUCUAAAGUCUGAGCUUUUGACUCAGGUUAAGUUCGUUGUGAAUGGAGAGAAGGGGUUAGAUGAUCCCAGGUUAAAAGCUAUCCUGAACCUUUGCUUGCCAGCAUUGCGAUCGACAGGCUGGAUUUCUUCGUUGCUUCCCAGUGAAAUGCUCUCCUGCAAACGAAUUACGGAUUUUACAAAAGAGCAUGCCCCUGCUGAAUCUGGUGACAGUUCCAGUACGGUGUUGAUUAUGGUGCAGCAAGCUAUCAAAUGUGCUCUACGCGCAGGGAGCGUUUCAAACGACAACCAAAGAGAAACCAUCCGCGGCUGCAAGAAGUCCUUACUAGUACUGGAGCGCACUUCGCUCGUCAAUUUGGGACUGCUGUACAUGGACUGCCUCCAAUUGGUCGCACAAAAAAACUCGGCAAAAGAACCUGACCAUCAGAAGCUUGGCUCGGUACUAGGACGCAUGCAAACCUGUUUCUCUGGAUUCUCAGCCUCAGGUGCUCUACAGUUGCUGGAGCUCAACGCGUUUUAUAUUGUCAUCCAGGUGGAAGACGACUCCGAGCUCGUCCAGCGCUUCUCUCAGCUGGCUUCAAUAGUCGAGGAAAGUAAGAGCUUGUCGAGCACUUCGGUAGCGUCGUUUUCGCUCUUGCAAGCAGUGGAGGAAAGUUUACGCAGUCAAUCAGAUCCGGAGAACGUGAGCACUCUCAAGGCAGCUGCUGCUUCUUUCUGGCCGAAGCAUGAUAUUGUCAGUGCCAGUGUCGAGGAAAUGCGAGCCGAUCUCGCAGUAAAUUCCAGCAGCUUUGAGCACCGGCUGAAAGUUUUGAUGGCGAAGUAUCCUUUUCACUUCACUGCGAGCGGUGCUGUGCAUCACAUUACAGCCGGAAGUAGAAUCUGGGUACAGAUGGAGCUGGAAGGAUUCCCGUCGCAGUACAGGUGCUUGGAGCUCGAAAGGAAAUCCAAGGAAGACAAGUUAGUCGAGUUUAGCGAAGAGCUCGGCUUUUACAACGUGCCAUCGGUUAGCAAAGCGGCCUUACGAGUUUCCAUCGUUGUGGAACUUGCAAAGGGGAAGCUUUCGGCUCUGCGCGGCCCUCAAGCUUGUCUAGCUCCAAUCUCUCCGGAACGAGUCAUCUAUCUCGAGGGAAGUUAAGCAAAAGGUUCUCUCGUCCAUAUUAUUCUUCUCAAGUUUUUCCAGUCGCUAUACACGUCCUCGUCAAGGAACGAACUCUAUACGAGAGGCGGAUCAACACUACAGACAGCGUCCGGUAGAAAAUUGCCAUCCCGGCGAGAAUGAGAAGACUCCACCACUUUCCGGGGCUUGCGGGAAAGUUGUACUCGCCGUAGACAAUGUAAGCUCCGGUGUGACCACCGUAGCGAGACCCCAGGAACUCGUUUUGAAACAUUCCCUGUGAAAGUAACCCACACAUCAACAA